AUGUAUUGGCCUGGAGAAGCAUGUGAUGGAAAAGAAUGUAGUCUUCCUCUUGGUACAACCAAUAUCGAAGAAAAUUUCUUUUUACAUGGUUUGUGGCCACAACUGAACGCAAAUCAAAAUUUAUUUUGUUGUUUUUAUCAUAACACCAUCGAAAAUAUAGAAGAACAGAUGAUGAAAGAUGAUGAACUCAAAAUUGAUAUUUUGAAUAACUUCAUGUCAAUAGAAAAGUGCAGAUUUGCUGGAUAUCAAUUUGAAAAACAUGGAACGUGUGCACUUGGAGAAUACAAUGGAGAGAAUGGAGCAUUGAAUUAUUUCAAGGUAUCCAUUGAAUUGUACAAGAGAUUUAACAUAUGGACAAUUUUCAAAGAAAGUGAUUUAAGAGUCAAAACAAACAAACUGAUUGAUAUCAAUGAACUUAAAAAAGUUGUUGAAGGAGUUUAUGGUGCAAAACCAAGUUUUGUUUAUAAAGAAAAAAUAUAUGUCAAUGAACUUAGAAUUU